CCUGAGAUCUAUCAGUCGUUUGUAAUUCAUUUGAAGUCAAGUGCGUUAAUCGAUCAGCGUUACUUUCAAUGUACAUGUGGAUGCUGAUUGCACCAUAAACAUUGGGCUUUUAUCAUGUUUUCAUCAAACCGGUAGCAUUGAAAUUAGUCAAAAAUGGGAAAGAACAAAAACAGAACAAUCCUGCCUGGGGCAACAAGGGAGGAGCUCAUGAUUUUAACUGUAUCGGAAAUUGUGAAAGAGUUGCUUCAAGCCCAUGAGGAUGGCAAAGAUGUUAACCUAAAUAGAAUUAAGUCUAGAAUAUCCAGCAAAUAUGGAUUGUCAAGUCAGCCGAGACUGGUUGAUAUCAUCGCAGCAGUUCCCCCACAACAUAAAAAGAUACUUCUGCCUAAACUCAAGGCCAAGCCAGUAAGGACAGCCAGUGGGAUAGCUGUUGUAGCAGUCAUGUGCAAACCACACCGAUGUCCACAUAUUGCAAUGACGGGUAACAUUUGUGUGUACUGUCCUGGAGGACCAGAUUCUGACUUCGAGUACUCCACACAGUCAUACACUGGAUACGAGCCUACAUCAAUGAGAGCCAUUCGUGCCCGAUACAAUCCUUACUUACAGACACGACAUCGAGUUGAACAGCUGAUGUCACUUGGACACAGUGUGGACAAAGUGGAGUUUAUUGUGAUGGGCGGCACAUUCAUGAGUCUUCCCGAUGAUUACCGAGACUACUUCAUACGGAAUCUACACGAUGCCUUGUCUGGUCACACCAGUAGUAGUGUUGAAGAAGCGGUCAAGUACUCAGAGAAAAGCAAGUCGAAAUGUAUAGGUAUCACCAUAGAAACCCGCCCGGAUUAUUGUCUGAGGAAACACAUCAGUGACAUGUUGAAGUAUGGCUGUACACGACAGGAGAUCGGGGUACAAAGUGUAUAUGAAGAUGUUGCCAGGGACACUAACAGAGGUCACACUGUGAAGGCUGUGUGCGAGUCCUUCAGGAUGUCAAAAGAUGCAGGGUUCAAGGUUGUUGCACACAUGAUGCCGGAUUUACCCAAUGUUAGCUGGGAGAGAGACAUAGAACAGUUUAUUGAGUUUUUUGAAAAUCCUGCAUUUAGAGCUGAUGGUUUAAAGAUU